AAAUCUGAUUCUAUAUACGUAGGCAACUCUGGGCCGUUGGAUGGAAUCGGCUAGUACUCAAUUUGGAAUCGCUGUUGACGUCUCUGAGCUUUGUUGCGCCGUGAAAGAGAAGCCCUCCGUCCCUCUUUCCUAGAUCCCUAUCUCACAGCAGCGACACCAACAAAUGGCGUGGAGGAAUUUCUACAAUGAGGUCAAGGGGCUGAAGGUGAAGGAACUGCCCAGCCAUGUGAAGCCGAUGCUUUCCCUAAACUAUGUGAAGAGUGCAGUACAGAGAGGGCUGGACAACUACCAUGCCAAGUACAUCCAAACCAACUCCAUUGACCCUCUCUACCAUGUCUGUUUUGGUGGGAUGAUCUUCUCCUACCUGGUUGCACUCCCUGAGGAACGCCGUCACCUUGAGCACCAGCAGCAUGCCAAGGAGCACGGCCAAGGAGGCCACUGAUGAUCAAUCUGUCGGUUAUUGCAGGUCCCCAAGGGUUGAUUGGGAUACCAUUGAAAUGCAUGUUGUUCGUCAGUUUUGAUAAUCUGAAAAUUGUUAAGAGAAAUAUACUGUCUUCUAAAUUGUGUGGCAGCAUUAAGUGAUACAAUAAAAUCCACCAAAACAUUUUGUAUCGUACUUUUGUUACUUCUAAUUUGAUUGUUGAAUGGACGUCUAUCAGGGAAA